AUGAACGCAAUCAGUGAGUUUUUCGUCUUUCAUCAUACCAACGACAAGAAAAUUGAGGGUGAAUGUAAACUAUGUGGAAAAGUAUAUUUGGAUAAUACUGGAUCAACUGGAAAUUUUCAUAAACAUCUCAAGCGUAAGCAUACGAACCAAUAUGAAAAAUCAAAAUUUCCGGAUUCACUUGUUUGUGAAAAUGACACAUAUACGGAGCCAGAAAACUUAAAAGACAAUGUUAUCAAAAUCAAUCAAAUUAUUCUGAAAGAAUUAAUUGUGAGAUGUAAUUUGCCACCAGCAAUUGUUGAAUAUAGUGGCUUUAGGAAUUUUUUAAAAACUAUUGCACCAAAAUGGAAACUUGCAUCAUCACGAUAUUUUACUAAAACACUGUUGCCAACAUUGAUGAGUACUAGUCAAGAUAAAAUUAGAACUUUACUUGAUAGCAUUGAUCAUUUAAGUAUUACAGUGGACGUUUGGGUAGACCGACGUGGAAGAUCAUUUAUUGGUGUUACUGGCCAUUUUCUUGAUUUAAAUUUUGCACCAUUAGCUUUGCUUCUCGAUUUUUCACGUUUAAAAGGGCCACAUACUGGAGAAAAUAUUCGUCUUGUCACAGACGAAAUACUCAGAAAUCUGAAGAUCAGAGACAAAGUGUAUCGAAUUAUAACUGAUAAUGCUGCGUCGAUGGUAAAAGCUUAUAAAUUUGGUUUAACUAUGAACGAUGAUGAUAAUGAUAAUACAAUUAAAGAUGACAACAACCUACAACUAGGUGAUUGUUUAGUUAGAUUCACUAAUGAUGAUGAUUCGAAUAUAUCAAGUGAAUGGAUCUUGGCUGAUUGGUAUGUAAAUGAUAAAGAUUCGAUUGAUAAUGGUAAAGAUGUUUCUUCAAUUCGAUUGUCCUGCUUUGCACACAGUCUACAAUUGACUAUUCGAGAUGGACUAAAAGACACUCCAUACCUAUCGAGAUCAUUAUUAAAAUGUAUUCAGUUGGCACAACGAUCUUCUAAAUCAACAAAAAUAGCUGAUCUUCUUGAAAAUAUCGGAAAAACCAUAAAUCGUUCGAAUAUGACACGAUGGAAUUCUGAAUAUCUACUCAUAAAAUCAAUUAUUGGAUUAGGAAAGAAAACAAUUGAUGAAAUAACAGAUAUUAUCGAUGACAAUGAACUGAAAUUUAGCAACAAUGAUUUUAUCAUAUUACAGGAGGCAGUUGAUAUAUUAGAACCAUUUGCUGAAAUCACUUCUCGUAUUCAAGCCGAUUCAGUUGUGACUGCUAGUCUUGUCGUGCCAUCCGUAGUACAUAUGAUUGAUCAUGUAAAUACUAUAAAACCACAUUUGUCAUUUUUGAAAAAGAUGUGUAUACAACUUGAACAAUCUAUCAACAAACGAUUUGCCGGUAUUGUUAAGCGCUUAUCCCAACAGUGUGUUACUAUGAAUGAUCCAUUUUCUGAUCAGAUGUAUUUUGUUUGCACGGUCUUAGAUCCUGAAUUCAAAUUUUAUUGGCUUACUCAAAUGAAAUACAAGCCGUCAGUGGAAUCCCAAAUGAAACAAUUAAUUACUCAGAUGAUCUUAGAUGAAUGUGAACAUACUAUGGAUUCAUCAUUAUCAUCAACAUUCAUGGUAAAUAAUGAUAAAGCACAAUCAAUUGAUAUAUCGAUCAAGAAAAAACGAAAACUUUUUCAUUACGAUGAUGAAUCAAAUUUAUCCGUUGAUUCAAUAGCAAAUCCCACAUAUGAGAUCAAUGCAUAUAUCAAUGAUCCAACACGACUUAGAUUUUCAUCCUACUGGAAAAACUCGUCGUUAUGUUCUUUGAAGAAUGUAGUGAAACGAAUAUUUUCUGUACAAGCUUCAUCUGCACCCGUUGAACGAGUUUUUAGUCAAGCAGGACUCAUCAUGUCACCACGACGAACAUCCAUGCUUGAAGAAGUAUUUCGAAGUUUAGUAUUUUUACGCGUAAAUCAAAACUUCAUUCAAUAG